AGCACGCAAAAGCAUAGCGUCCCAGGCGUAGAGGCGCAUCUCCAAGAAACCGCGAGCCCCGGCCUGCGAUGCCCCAUUGAGCCCAAACAGCCCGGAUCACAGCCCCCGACCUCGUUUCAAGGAGUCUGCGCCAAGGAAACGCUCAACAUGCUGCUCGAUAUCCAGCUUCCCGGAGACGGUGAAUGCGAAUACGGGAAGCAAUCAAUCGCUAAUGAAACCAACAACAAUGAGAUCUCUGAAACACUCGACGUAAACGGAUGUAUAAUUACAAACAGAACCCCAUUGCAGGAGUUUUAUGCACACCAAUCUAUUUUUAUAACAGGAGGAACAGGAUUUCUCGGAAAGAUAUUAAUAGAGAAGCUUUUGCGAAGUUGUUCGGAUAUUGCAUGUAUUUACCUGCUGGUGCGUCCAAAAAAGGAAAAGAGCAUUGAGAGCAGAAUUAAAGAAUUAUUCAAAGAACCAAUUUACGCACGUCUAAAAGAGGAAAUGCCGAAAUUUCAUCACAAAGUCGUGGCCGUCGCCGGCGAUUGCAGUGUCCAAGGCCUGGGACUUUCUACGUCUGACAGAGAUUUGCUGAUGCGCGACGUAUCAAUAGUUUUUCACGUAGCGGCAACUGUACGUUUUGAUGAGAAACUGAAAGUCGCUUCGGCAAUAAAUGCUCAAAGCACUGCUGAUGUUAUCGACUUGUGUAAAGAUUUACAAAAAUUGAAGGCUUUUAUUUAUGUUUCGACGGCAUAUGCAAACUGUAUUUCGCGGGAAAUUAACGAAAAAUUUUAUGAUUUUCCAAUUAAGAAUGGUGAAAUGCUUAAUAUUGUUAACUGCUUAUCUGAUGAUAUUAUAAAAGAAAUAAGUCCUAGGUUAAUUACUCCAUGGCCAAACACUUAUACAUUCACCAAAGCACUUGCGGAAAAUCUUGUUAAAACGAGAAAUAAAAAUUUACCAAUGGGAGUAUUCAGGCCGGGAAUUGUAAUUUCUACUGCCAAUGAACCGAUCCCAGGUUGGAUCGAUAACUUUUAUGGGCCGACAGGAAUUGCGGCAGGAGUGGCGACUGGAGUAUUACGGACGUUACAUUGUAACCCCGACAUUAACGCAAACAUCGUGCCUGUUGACCUCACGGUAAACGCUUUAAUCGUUAGUGCUUGGGACGUAGCUAUGCAAACUGCGAGGAGAGAUGAUGAUAUGCUGAUCUACAAUUUCGUAUCAAGUGUGGAUGCACCGUUUACGUGGGAGGAUUUUCGAGUUACGAAUAUAAAUUAUGUUAACAAGUAUCCGUUGAGCAAUCCACUUUGGUACUUAUCGUUCAAUAUGAAUAAGAAUAAACUCAUACAUUCUAUCUACGCUAUAUUUCUUCACCUAAUACCUGCCUUUUUGAUCGAUGCCGCAACAAUCUGUUCCGGACGUAAACCUAGAUUACUAAAAACGUAUCAAAAAGUUAACAAAUUCGUCGGUGUUCUGUCCUACUUUGUUACCCGUGAGUGGAAAUUCACGAAUGACAAUGUACGAGAAAUGUGGCAUCGAAUGGAUUCGCGCGACAAGCAAAUGUUCUAUUUUGAUAUGCAGAGUUUCGAUUGGCAAGCCUUUUUUCGAAAUUAUAUGAAAGGUGUUAGGGUAUACCUAUUAAAGGAUGAUUUGAAAACCUUAGAAGAUAGCAGAAUAAAGUGGCGGAGAUUUUAUUGGAUGCAUAAAACUGUCAAGUUAUUGGGAACUUCAUUUGGAAUUUGGUUUUUAUGGAACAUAGUUUCUACCGUAUUCAAGUGAUAAAGCAAAAAGUGAUGCUAAACUGACUGUUUCAUGGCAAUUUUUAAGAAAAUUAUGCUGGCAUCGAAACUAAAUAGAUGUAAAUAUUUUUUACAAGAAUAUUGGCGGAUUUGUAUACAAGUCAGAACGUUUGAACGUUAAUCAUUCUGUACUGCUUCCAAUUCCUUUUCCGAUAACACCAUAAUGAUUAUGAAUAUUCAAAAUAAUUUAAAUUGGAAAAAUGUAUUAUCAUAUUAUAUUAUAUUAUUCAAGAAAAACUACCUCAAUAAAAAGAUGUCGUACAGUACUAUACAAAUGACUCGACAAUGUAAAUAGGAUUACCUCUAGAAAGUUUUGAUAUCAAUUAUUAAUAAUCGAGUUAAUAAUCUGUUUGACAACAUAUU